AUGAGACAGCUUGUCGAAAUUAUGUCUCAAUCUGUUGAGAUGAAGAAGAUAUGCAAGCAAGAGCUUGAAGUGAAAAUCGAUCAGACUUCGUGUGUUUUGGAGAGUUUGGUAUUGCAUAACCUUCAGUUAAACAGAACCUACGAAGAAGAGACUGAGAAGAUCCACAAUAACAUGCAAGAGCUGGAGUUGGAGAUAGAAAAUCUCAAAGGUAACGCCAAUGUAAGGAGGCACAUAGUGGGGAGUGAUGGAGAUGCAAUGGUUAAGAUGGCCAAGGCUCAGAUAGACCUCGAAGCUAGAGAAACGGCUCUGCAAGACAAAACGAUGACUCUGGCUCAAAAAGAACGUGUGACCAACGACGAGUAUCAAGAUGCUCGUAAAGAGAUGAUCCAGUUGUGGAAUAUGAAUGAAGAUUUGAUGAGUGGAGAUAAGAUUAGAGUGAAAAGAAUGGGGCAAUUAAACCCCGAGCCGUUUAUAGCAGCAGUGAAGAUGAAACAUGGAGGUCAAAAUCAAGAGCAGAGAAUAAGACUAUCAAGUUGA